AUGCCGUCUCCAAUGAUGACAGCGACGCUGCAGGCGGCGUUUCUGUCGACCGUCUCCAAUUUCUGUGCUCAGUUUAUUGAGGCAUACUGGAAUAAUCGUAACUUCUAUUUAGACUUUAUCCAACUCGCCCGGUUCAUUACAUACACUCUCAUUACUGCUCCGCCAAACUACAUAUGGCAGCAAUUUCUCGAAAAGGCUCUACCUGCAUAUCCGCCCACGCAUCAAUUGCACAAUCAUGGCGAUAAAGACAUUGAGCUCAGAGCCAUGGAAGAAUCCAUUGAAGAAGGGAUUGAACUGCAAAACGAAGCAUCAGUGCAAUCCAAGUUUAGCAUUCGCAACACACUCGCCAAAUGGUUCAUUGACUGCAUCACUGCCGGGGCCAUUAUGAAUACAGUGGCAUUCCUGGUCGUCAUGGGAAUUUUAAAAGGCCAGCCUGCCAUUCAGAUAGCAUCCAACAUAAAAACUGAAACAAUACCCAUCAUCAUUGCGGGAUACAAGAUUUGGCCAGUUGCUUCAAUUGUCAGCUUCAGUUUCAUUCCUGUGCACCGCCGCAUCGUGUUUCUAAGCUUCAUUGGCCUGUUAUGGGGAAUCUACAUGAGUUUAGUUGCAGCUCGAGUUUAA